AUGUCAUCCAUCACCAUUGCGACCCUCCCUCGCUUGAGUAGAGAUGCCCUAUCCGCACUCCUGCACUCCACUAGCACACCUACCACAUUGGCCAUUAUUGACGUCCGUGACUCUGAUCAUGUUGGGGGCCAUAUUCGCUCUUCAACUUGGGUCCCGAGCUCUACCCUCGAUGUCCGCAUGCCAGAGCUCAUCCGCACUCUCCAAGAUAAGGAGAAGGUAGUUUUUCACUGCGCCCUAAGCCAGCAACGUGGCCCGUCAGCCGCAUUGCGUUAUGUCCGCGAGCGUGAGCGCACCCUCGGUGCCGAAGAGAGCCAGAAGCAAGAAGUUUACGUGCUCGAGGGUGGCUUCGUUCAAUGGCAGGAGAAGUAUGGCAAAGACGAACAGCUGACUGAGGCUUAUGUCGAGGACAUCUGGCGCGAAUACUGA